CGUGACUCAAAUCCCUGUCAUGUGACCAAUGUUUUGUUGAGUCGUUUCCGCAUUCGGGGAGCGAUUUUCGCAGUGUCAUGUGAACAAAAAACUCCGGGGUUAAUUUAAACAACCCCAGAAUCUUUAUCGGUAUCGAGGAGACUCCCCUCCGCUGUUAAGGUCACUCCAGCGGCCGCUGAGAAAGAAGACUCCGGUUCCAAGGCGGUCAGCCAUGGCGGACGAGGAGCGGUCACCGCUUCUGUCAGAGCAGCAAUAUGGGACCAACGGCUUCUUCCCGCGGGAAGGCUCGGAUGGAUAUCCACAGAGUAUAGUGCCGUUCCCAAGCUUUGUGGCACCCAAUGAAGCGCCACCUCCGUACUCGCCUCAGGGCAGCCCGGACAGCAGCAGUGCCCCGGUCAUCAGCUGUCGGGUCUGUCAGAGCGCCAUCUCUGUGGAGGGGAAGGCGCACCAACAUGUGGUGAAAUGCAACAUCUGCAACGAAGCUACACCGAUAAAGAACGCUCCUGUCGGGAAGAAGUAUGUCCGCUGCCCUUGUAACUGUCUGCUGAUCUGCAAAGUGACAUCCCAGAGGAUCGCCUGUCCCAGGCCCUACUGUAAACGCAUCAUCAACCUGGGACCGGUCCACAUCGGCAGCGACAGUCCAGAACCGCAGCGCCAACCUGUGGGGCUCAGGGUCAUCUGUGGACACUGCUCCAACACAUUCCUGUGGACAGAGAUCUCAGACCGGACUUUAGCCCGAUGUCCGCACUGUCGAAAAGUUUCUUCAGUUGGUCGGCGAUACCCGAGGAGGAGAAGCUUGCUGUGUUUCCUGUUCUUUGUUGUGUUGGUAGCAGCCACUGCAGGACUUCUGGUUGGAACAUGGAAACCGGCGCAGAACUCAAAAGGCAUCUAUGUUUCCUGGGUUCUCCUGAUCCUGCUCUCCCUGUUCGCCCUGAUAAGAACCUUGUACUGGAGAUGUCUGAGGAUCAGUGACCCCGUGUCCAACAUCUCAUAGAGAGACAGAUGGAAGGAAAAAAGAGAGAAAGUCAGAGAUCAAGUAGAUGAAUAUGAGCACACAAGAGAUCUGGUAAACGAUCUGAGAGUUGGUCUGUUAACCUCAGAAGUUACGCAGAAGGGAAAACUAAUAGAAGGAAAUAAAUAUUUUUCCUGUUCUAUACUGGAUUUAAAGAAAUGACAGCUGCUAGUUGUCCAAAAGCAACACUCAGAUCUUAUGGAGUUUUUUUUCUUUUCCAUCCUAUAGUUUAAAAAAAAAAAAAAUUAGUAGCGAAGCAAAAUGAAUCUGAACCACAAAGCAGAAUCAGCAUCUUGU